GUCUGGCAUCUCUGCGAGCGUCACCUGGGAGGUGUGGUUCAGAGUGAACGGGUUCCUGCUGGCGGCGCUGGCGGUCGUGGGCGUUUUCUCCGUGGUGGUGGGGCUGCUGCUGGGCUGCCACCUCUAUCUGGUCUCCAUCAACUGCACCACCUGGGAGUUCAUGUCCCGUCACAGGAUCUCGUACCUGAAGAACUGCGGGGACGAGGAGAACCCGUUUGACCGCGGCGUCCUCUGCAACCUGUGGGAUUUCUUCUGCAUCUGCAGGACGGUGGUGUGGGAGCAGACGUACAACAGAAACACGCCGAAUUCAGUCUGAGCUCCGACCAGACGCCGCGUCGCCGUCUACAGUCAGGCACUACUUUCAGGGAGUCAAAACGGGUUUUUAACCGUCAUAGAUGAGAUCUGACUCUUAUUGUUCUUUGAAUUUGAACACAAAAUGUUUCCUAACUACCUGCUAAAGUUGACAAACGUCGCUAACCAGACAUCAAGCAAAUAACCAGGACCCAGUUUUUCAAAAGCGAAUAAUCCAAACUUGGUUUUGAUCUGAAUUAAAUCUUCGAUUUGUUUUUCAUAGGUUAAAGUUACCUAAAAUAAAACAAAAAUCAGGAUUAUCCCAACAGAUUCAGGGUGGAUCCCACUAACUGCCUUUAUGUGUGGUGCAACUGUGCCUUUGUUUUAAUGUAACUGCUGUAAGUAAUUAUUUCUACUGUUAAAAAUUAACCCUUUGACACCUGGAUCAAAACCACUUUAUUUGCAUUCAGAUUUAUUCAUUUUGUACAUGGGCCGUCCGCUCUACCAACUGAGCCACUGAG